ACGAAAAAAGAAAAUUCCCGUGGAAAAAUAAAUAAAAUAUCCGAAGAUGUCGACGAAGGGAACGCAAUUGGACAGCGACAAGCAUCUGCUGGUUUUCUCGUCCUACGAGGAGUACCUGGACUCUCUGGUGACGCCAUUGGACCUGAAUUACCUCCGAAACACCGAGACAGCGAGAAAAAUAGCCGAAUUGGGUUACAAGAGCGCAGGGGAGACCCUAUCCCAAGAGGACUUCCACCAGAGGCGAGAAAAAGUUAAAGACCUUUUGUUCCCAGUGUGGAGACCCUUCACCCUGCACUCAGAAUUGUCAACCUCCAGAGACCCCGUGAUAACAGAGCUAUCCCUGAGGGAGAGAUCCAACCGCCUGGGGAUCCUCUCCACGAUUAUUUUUGUGAGAGCAACCCCGAGCCCUGGCCUCGAGGUCUCUGGCUUCAUAGAUUUCGCUCACCGAUUGAGAAGGGAGAACUGGCGGCCCUUCUUCGAGGGCAGGAGAAAGCUGAGACUUGGCAGGUCUGAUAUGUCCUUCUACAAUUGGAAGACGAAGAGAUUGAGUCUCAACGAGACCGAUAAUUACGAGCCAGUGAUCGAGGAGAGAAAGGGAAUCCUCUGGAAGAGCCUGGGGGACCUAAAACUCCUGGAUCUAGACCCCUCCAAGCCCCCAGGGCCUGACAGCUUCAGGAUGACAGUUCACAGUAUGGAUUACCAGCAGGUGGUGCUGUAUGAUCACCUCUUGAGAUGCAGAAAUUGAUUGAGCACAGAAAUAUCCUCUGGGGAUUGAAUAAAUUAGGAAUUAUACUCAGGAUUGAAAAU